AUGCCAAUUCUUAUAUGUGUAUCAUCAUUGAUCAGUUUUCUCUUUUCAUCGAUUUAUGUUGGUCUUCUUGUUGUACAUACAUUACAAUAUUGGCAAACAAAUUCAUCAAAUAAUUUGAAAUCUUCACAACCUACAACAACAACACCAAUAACUUCAACACAUGUACUUGUACCAUUUGAAGAACCAGCAACAUUUGAUAAUUUAGCAUUAUUAAUAACAUUCACAUUAGCGUUAGUUCAAGCUCUUCUAUCAAUGAUUGGAGCAGUUAUUUCUUGGCUUUGGUCACCAUGUUGUAUGAAUUCAUGGCCAACUUAUACACCAAUUACUACUACUUCACAUUAUGCUCAAACAACUCCACAUCGACAUGAGACUCCUCAAUCAGCAACUUUACGUAGUGUUAAACGUCAACAACAACAAGAAACACAUCGAUUUAUAACAACAAAUGGACAUCAAGAUACACUACGUAAUGGUGUUCUUCAUAAAAACUCGACAAUUCGAAGUCAUUAUGAUGAUGUUUAA